CCGCAGAUAUCCGACACAGUCUUGCUGCCAUCGUUAGUCGCGUCCCUCUUCCGCCUGAUCAGAUCGCCGCCAGUUACACGCGGCCGCUGCCUCGAAUCGGUUCCUCCUCUGGAGAGGGAGCUAUGUCUUCUCGGUCGCCGUCGCGGCCUUCUGGCGACGUCAACGUCGACGUCGACGUCGACGAACGGAGCAUGGGCAGAUUGCGGUCCCUCCGUACCCAAAUCCGCUCCCGCCGCCACCUCUCAGGCCCGACGGAUGCUUCGAUGCCUACCCCGUCGCCCCACUCAGUCCGCUCCCGCCACCUCCUCCCAGGCCCGACGGCUGCUUCGAUGCCUACCGCGUCGACCCCUGUUGACCCGACGGCUGCUUCGAUUUCUACCACGGCGACCCCUGUUGACUUGUUCCAAUUUUCCACAGGGGGGCCGUCCUAUGCCACCGUCGUUCGCUUUGGCCUUCGUACCGUGCCCAAACCCCAACCCCAGCAGGAAUCAGGAUCGGAAUCCGAUUUAGAACUGGACAGUCCUCCUCGUCUCACCGCACUAGAGGAUGAAGAUGAUAAAUUGGACAUUCCCACAUCUCCGGGUGGUUCUUCAGAGGAUGAGAUGGAUCGUUGUGGUAGUACACCACCACCAUCGAUUGACAUAGGGCCUGCAGUGUUGCCAACAUUUGGUUCUGAUACUGAGGAAUGGCAUUUCUCAGAUGACCAGGAGGAUCUAUACUUCAAAUCUUUGGUGGACAACUUCGUCAGUGCAGUUGGAGAUGUAUACAAAUCUAUGUUACCAGAGGACACUAUAUGUAAGGAGGCAGACAAUCAGCUACAGUCUAAUAGAUAUGCCAUGAGUGCCUUAAAACAUUACAACAACAGCGAGGAUAACAAGGUUAAAUAUGAGUUAAUUGAUGCUAUCACAAGCGGUGGAAUGAUAGAUAUGAAUGGCGGCUACGGUCAUGUGAAUUUUACAGCAAAAGCAAAUCAGGAAAAUUCAAAAGAGGAGCUUUUCUUUGCUGAGUUACGAUUCCACCACAAUACCUAUAUAGCAACCUGUGUGCUUUCUCUGGAGGGGGAGAAAUCAGUUGGUGGACUUUGUGGGAGUAAAUAUGAUAAUCAUAAGAACGGUUUUUUUAUCGAUGCUAAGCAUUGCUAUGCUUGUGGGCGUGGAUUGAAACACCCCAAGAACGGUGCAUUAUAUGAGGCUGGUCAUGUUGCUGAUAGCGAUUACUAUCAUGGAUGAUGUAAUGUAAUCAGCUAGGUUGUUGUAUUACAGGGUGGAUUCCUUGCCAUUAAAGCACCCAAAGCAUAAGCAUAAAGUAUUAUGUAAUAUAUGAUUUUGAUGACAUGACCUGGAGAGUGAAGCACCUAGACAAUGAAUUAUUAUUAUUAUAACUGUUUGUCUAUUAGUGCUACCAGUAGCUAAUUUAUGAGUAAUGUCGCAUGACAUAUAACUGUUCUCAGGUGUGUUGUGCCGCUGCUAAUUUAUGAGUAAUGUCGCACGACUCUUAUUA